AUGACCGACGAAGAAGGAACGAAAGAGAUUAGCAAGGAGAUCGAGGCUACGGGUAUAAAAGAGGACCUCGGAUUCGGAAAUGAGCUUUUUAAAGACCUUAAAAAAGGACGGACCACCGGCAACUAUAUCGGUAAUCCUUUACCGAUCAGACUAUUAGCUAAGCAAAGCACACUUGCGUACGGCACUUUAAGCGCUUUUAAUAAUAACGAUGACGAUUUCCUUAAGCUAAGAGCAGCAGACCUUUAUUUAAGAGCAAAAGACGAGUGCUUUGAAAAGCUCGCUAAAGAGCUUAAGGGCAUUCAAAGCUCUUUACGACUAGGUUUGAAAGAUGAUCGAAGUCUUGCUAACAAGCUAUAUUCAGCUUAUAAAAACGUGCCAGAGACUACGAUUGCACGAAUGAAUCCUGCUUUUACUUUUACCGCGGCAGUUGCUAACAUUCGUCGAGUAAUUGCUUUUGCAACUAAGACCUCCCGACCUCCCGCCAAGGCUAGAGCUUACGCGAGCUCUAGCGAGCUACACGAUCACACCUGCUCUUACAACACCUUAAAGGCUGACUCCGAUUUGGACGAAGAAUACGAAUGCUUUAUUCAAGACCGCUAA